AUGUCCUCCCCCCAGGUGUGGUUCAAGAACCGACGCGCCAAGUGCCGACAACAAGCCAAGGCGGCAGACCAGAAGAAAACCUCCAGCAGCGGCACGGGCAGCAACAACAACAACAACAGCAACAGCAACAACAACAACAACAGCGCCGGCGGCGGCGGAGGAGGAGGGGGCGGCACCGGUGGUCAGCCCGGCGGCAACACCACCACCCCUCCCCCCAAGAAAGAACUGAAGGCCACGCCUCCCCCUCCCGCUAGCGUGUCCCCCGUGGACUACAAGCCCUCCGUCUCAUCCCCCAUGCUCCACCACGCCCCCGGAGGCCCGUUGCCUAGCAACCAGGCGACGCGCCGAGAGAGCCAGGACGUGUGGAACCCGGCUAACCCUAUGUUCCAGCCCAUGGCCGACAUCGGGAUGAGCAGCUGCAUGCAGCGCUCCCCUUACGGCCUCCCCAACGGCCAGCCCCAGUAUGGGCAGCAAGCAGCCUACAACAGCUACCACCACUACGGCAGCAACAUGGACGCGCCCUAUUCCUUGCCCAACAUGCAGCUGCCAGUCAUGUCUAGCUCCGCCCACCAGAUGGGCAACGUCCCCUCCCAGCACCCCUACCAGAUGUCGUCCGGCUACGGGAGCCUCCCAUCAGCCAACACGCUCCCGCGACCCAACACUCAGGCACACCCGGAAGUCGGGGACUACAUCAACAAGGAGUACGUCCGCUUGUUCUGAAGAACACACGCCCACCACCCACCACCCACUCGCCCAUCCACCCACUCACCCAUCUACCCACUCGCCCACUCAUUCUGAUCAUUCAAGACUCUGGUGUUUUAUUCUGUUGUUUUGUUUUUGUUUUGUUUUAAACCAAAGCUCCACGAAACGUCAUCGUUUGUGUGUGUGUGUUGUUGUUAUUGAUAAUAUCAUCUUUGAAAAACAAAACGGCCCAAGCUACAAGACAAUGUAAUUUGGGAUGUAGACAUCACGUGUAGACAAUUAUUGCUUGACGAGGUUUUCUCUCCUCACUCGACGAUGUGGACAAACUUAUUCGUACGUUCUUGCACGUUUCUCACAAGUGGAGACACGUUCUGAUAUAAUAAUAUAAUGGUAGACUUCUCGACGGCGUCACAGCUAAACCUGUUUCCAAGGCGACAGAUGACACUGUUUUGUCACACGGUUUCUCGCGUUGAAUGUCUUUGUGCUGGAGCAACCGACACCCGAGCUGAGAGGCCAACGACAGUGUGUUGUAAGCUCCGGCGGCGAUUUUCUCAAACAUUGUGGAAAGUCAACUGACUACUGAGCAUGUUUCUUUUCCUACAUCUCGUUGUCUGUCUCUUCAUGCGCUCUGAGCCUCAGGUUGACAUGGCUGUUUAUGUUUAGUUUUUAGUUUUGGACGAGAGUUUGUGAUCUAUUUGGUAGUUAUUGUGAAUGUGCGAGUUUGCUUGUUUGUUUUUCCUUCAGUGUGUGUAUCGAUGACAGAUGAAAAUUGUAUUAUAAUAUUGACAAGUGUGAGAUCUAUUUUCCUACACACUUUGCAUCAGUCAUACGAUAAAGAAGGAAAGGAUUCAAACUCAUAAUUUUGGUUAACGAAAAGUUAUUGCUUAUCCUUUCAUUAAUUUUUUUUCCAAAAGAAACUGGUUGGUUAAUACAGGGUUCCCUGGUCUUUUGCUAUUGUGCUUCAAGGGGGUCUAAAAGUGGGCUCUUGAAAAUUCACGUUCAAUAGAUGAGUGACGGAGGUAACCCGCGAUUGGAAAUUCAAUCACGAAAUAUUGUACAUAUUAUAAGUAGUCCCUGGAUAGUUUCCUGAUGGCCAGAGUUCUCCUCCCAACUCCUGUCGCCCGUUGUCCGACUCCGACUUUGGAGACUUUCUCUGUGGUUUCUUCGCGGAAUGAUGAGUAAAUGUCUUGAACAUCCUGCCAAGACAAAAUAUUAUUUGAAUUUUAACGAUUGAUGGAUAUUCUGGUAGCCUGUGCAAUUUGGCUUUUUUUUUCCUUCUCGCAGUUUCGAUAAUGAUGACCAAUUUUGUAUAUAAAGACGAGUGUAUUUCAUCAAACAUGUUCAAAAGAGAUAGAUACAUGUACCUUUCUGUCAUAUGAAACUGGCACUUCAUGUGUAUUUUCUGUAAGCUUUAAGGAUUAUUCGCUCUUUCCCGAAAAAAUGUUUCCCACCAGUAGAUUAUGACUAGGAGUAAACUUAAGCCCUUCAAAUAUUAAUAAUAUGUUCGCCUAGGUUGCGCUGGUGGAACUAAUUGCCGCU